AUGGAUGCAGGCAAUCUACUCAAACCUUUAUUAGCAAGAGGAGAACUUCGUUGUAUAGGAGCAACAACAACACAAGAGUAUAGACAACAUAUUGAGAAAGAUAAGGCAUUAGAGCGCCGCUUCCAACGUGUACUCAUAGAUGAGCCACAAGAAGAAGCAACAGUAAGUAUAUUAAGAGGAUUAAAGGAAAGAUACGAAGUACAUCAUGGUGUACGUAUACUUGAUUCAGCAUUAGUAGAGGCUGCACAUCUAGCUAAUAGAUAUAUUACGGAUCGUUUUUUACCGGAUAAAGCGAUAGAUUUAGUAGAUGAGGCAGCAGCAAGAUUAAAGAUUCAAGUAAGUAGUAAACCAAUUCAAUUAGAUCAAUUAGAUCGUCUUUUAUUACAAUUAGAAAUGGAGAAAAUUUCAAUUCUUGGCGAUGCAAAAAAUCGAAAAUUUGAUGAAGAAGAAAAUAUACGACUUAAAGCUAUCGAGUCACAAAUUGAGAGGCUACAAGCACAACAGGCAACAUUAACAGAUGCCUGGACAAAAGAAAAAGGACAAGUAGAUGCAAUAAGAGGAAUAAAAGAAAGAAUAGAUGUUGUUAAGGUAGAGGUAGAGAAAGCAGAAAGAGAAUUUGAUCUUAAUAGAGCAGCAGAAUUAAGAUUCGAGACUCUACCCGAUCUAGAGAAACAACUACAAGAAGCAGAGGCACAAUAUAAGGAAGCGCAUGCAGAGGGUCGUCGUUUAUUAAGAGAUGAGGUAACAGCAGGAGAUAUAGCUAGUGUUGUAUCUGUAUGGACAGGUAUUCCUCUUACUAGAUUAAAAGAAACAGAGAAAGAAAAAUUAUUACAUCUUGAGCAAAGAUUACAUGAAAGAGUUGUUGGACAAGAUAAAGCAGUCCGUGCAGUGUCUACAGCAAUCCAACGAUCACGUGCAGGACUAAAUGACCCUAAGAGACCAAUUGCGUCUCUUUUCUUCCUUGGGCCUACAGGAGUAGGAAAGACAGAGUUAUGCAAGGCAUUAGCUGAAUCCUUAUUUGCAUCAGAGGAUGCAAUAGUACGUAUAAACAUGAGUGAAUACAUGGAGAGACAUAGUGUAUCUCGUCUUAUUGGUGCUCCUCCUGGUUAUGUUGGCUAUGAACAAGGAGGACAAUUAACAGAUGCAGUACGUAAGAAGCCUUACUCUCUUAUUGUAUUCGAUGAAAUGGAGAAGGCCCAUCCCGAGAUAUUUAAUGUAUUAUUACAAUUAUUAGAUGAAGGAAGAUUAGCAGAUAGCAAAGGAAAUAUAAUUAAUUUUAGGAAUUGUGUUGUUAUAUUUACAUCUAAUUUAGGAGCAGAAACUCUUAUUGAUGCUGCACAAGAUGUAUCCAAAAGGCCUGCAGCAGAAAAGUAA